CUGACGUCAAAGCCUACGGUCUUCUUUGACGUGGGUUUCCGGGGACUUUCGCAUUUAUGUCGAUUGCCAUCAAUUUUAUUGGCGAAUAAAAAAAGGAUUUUCACAAAGCACUUUUAAGACCACUGGUGGAAAAACCCUGUAGAUUCAUAUGGCUCCACAGUUUCUGUACAUACAGCUUUGAUUGCUCUGUUAUUGUUGUACAGUUGUACACUUUUCUGCUUCUGUUUACUUUCACGCAAUGAUACAGAUAACAGUUUUGACCUCAUUAAAGAUCGUUAUCAGAACUGUGAGUUUCCUUUAUCCAGUCCUGGGAAUCCACUGACCUGCAGUUUUGCAAGGUUUUCUCACUUCCAACACACAUAACAUAACUCAUGACUGUGAUAAAUAUAUGAUGAGUUGUAUCUAGUAUCUUUAGGUCACAGCGAUGUCCAAUCUUAUCCACAAAGGGCCGAUGUGGGUGCAGGUUUUCAUUCCAUCCAAGCAAAAGCCACACCUGAUUCCACCUGUUUAAUCAGUUGUUCUUAGCUUUUAGUAGACUGGUGUGGCUUCUGCUUGGUUGGAAUGAAAACCUGCACCCACACCGGCCCUUUGUGGAUAAGAUUGGACACCGCUCCUUUAGGAGUUAGGAAAGCAUAAAUUAGAAAAGACUGGGGUUGAGAACUCAUGAAUUAGACCUCAGUUGAUCUGUGUAUGGAAUUGUUACUGCAUGAGUUUGUCUUGAACUUGUGUCUUGCUGCAUUUGCUGAAGAUUCAUCCAUCGAUCUUGAAGUGUCUUCAGCUCAUUAGCGCAACAAUAACUACUGAGACAACACAAUCCAGAUGCAGUGCCUUGAACAUCCUGUGGAGAAACUGCGCUCAGUUCUUCUCUCCACCCGUAAGGAUCUGAUAGCGGCCUUUGAGCACUACAGCAAAGAGGAAAAGCGGUUUCUUGAGAAGGGUCUCCUCCCAGACAGUCGUCUUUUCACUGCUAUCACCAUUCACUCUGAAUCUGACUGGAUUCCUGCACACCCUCAAGCUCCUCAGGACUUCCAGAGCUUCUACAGCAACCCAUACCGCAAAACACCAGACCCUGGCCACAAGACCAUUUACAUUCAAACUAUUGUGUGUUUGUUUCUAUGGUCCUCAGGAUCUUUUGGAGAUGGGGAUGGGGUCACUGAGCAGUAUGUGGAGUGGCUGAGGGAAUACUGCGAGGCAUUUUUCUACGGCCUGGCAGUCAAACUCUUACCAGCAGUGACCAUUGCAGCCACUGGCUGUGCAUUUCGUGUCAACAGCAACACAAAUAACCUGCAGCUUCAUGCUGGUGACCUCUUGUUAUUUUUGAAAAAGAGGAAGCCAAAAGAUGCAUUUUGCAUUGUUGGGGUCACCGUGAUUGAUCUGUACCCAAAAGACUCCUGGAAUUUUGUCUUUGGUCAAGCGUCUCUCAGUGAAGGAAUGGGGGUUUUUAGCUUUGCAAGGUAUGAUGAUGACUUCUACCACAGAAGUUAUGCUGGUCGGCUGAAGAAGAAGGUAAAGCUGAGGCCAGGGGACUACAGUGUAUUUCAGGACUGCUACACACCUCCCAUUCGCAGCACUCUGCUCCUCCGCUCGUGUAAGACCGUGACCCAUGAGAUUGGGCACAUAUUUGGUAUCGAGCACUGCCAGUGGCUCCAGUGUGUUAUGCAAGGCUCCAACCAUUUAGAGGAAUCAGAUCGUCGUCCUUUAGACCUUUGCCCCAUCUGCCUCAGGAAACUACAGUGUGCCAUCGGCUUUAAGAUUGCAGACAGGUACAAGGCUUUGCUACAAUGGAUAGAGAAUGGAAGUUCUGACCAUCAGACUGACAAACCCACAGAAGCUUUCCAAGAAUUCAGACGUUGGCUAUCUAUGUGUCUGAGCUUGUUGGGAGAUGAAAGCUAAACGCAAAGCAAAAGUGAUAUUUAAUGUAUGACAGCAAUGUUUUGUUUAGAUCAAACAAGAUAGAUUUAGCUCUGUAGAAACAUUUGUGUAAAGAACAGAAGUUUUAUUACAAAAGACAAGAAUUUUCAAUGUAUAACACUGCUUAGAUUUGUCUGAAAUAUAGUACUUUAAUUUAAAACAGAUUGCUUUUCCAGACACAUACAAUCAUACUUUGUGAAUGUACACUGUAAGCACUUUCUUUCUAAACAUACAAAAUAAAGUCUAGUUUUAAAGUU